UUUCCUGGUUGGAAGUUAAGGCCAGGGAGAAGACAUCAAUAAUAUUUAACCCUAAAUGUGGCAGGAUUAUGGCAUCAAAUUUUAAAUCCUCCAUUCAGAGGGGCUGUGAUUUCAUCCAUGAUUUCGCCUGUUCCCUUUGCGAAGAAGAUGGACUGAACACGGAAGCUCAACAUUUCUGUAAUCAGUGCACGAAAUAUUACUGCGUAAACUGUGUCUCAACUCACAAUAAGCUAUACAAGAGGCACACAGUGCUCGACCGGAAGGACGUGAAGAAAUGGGCAGCACCACCAGGGAUGGUGGACGUCCUUGAGAGAUGCGAUAGGCACCCCGGGGAGGCGCUCAAGCUGGUAUGUGGUGACCAUGACCAGCUGUGUUGCCAUGUGUGCGUUGCCGUGGAUCAUAGACACUGUUCAUCAAUACAGCACAUUCCAGACGUUGCAAAGGGCAUCCGCAAAGAUCCCGAGUUUCGUCAACUACCUAAACGGGUACUUUUUAUUAGGAAGCAGAUAGAAGAUAUGGAAAACGACAGAAAGAAAAGUAGUUCCUCACUGCGGAAGGCUAGAACAGCCUUUGUUGAUGAAAUCAAAGCAAUCCGUAGAAAAAUCAACGACAUUCUUGACAAGAUGGAGAAAACGACCGUUCAAGAAUUAGACGGUCUGGUGGCUGAUCAGGAAAUGUCCAUUAAGAAAGAUAUGGAAUCCUGCACACAGAUGCAUGAGGAAUUAAAAAGCUUAAUGGAUUACAUACAGAGCAAGGACUCAUCAGGCGAACCACCCCUUUAUAUUGGGUUCAGAAAAUGUAAAGAAAAAAUCAAACAAGCAACCGAAAUUCUGCAAAACAUGUCAACUGUUGUCAAAUACGAUAUAACUUUUCGUAAACAUAAUGGAAUAGAAGAUAAUUUGUCCUCGAUGAAGACAUUUGGCGAGUUAAAUGAAUCGAAUGUUUAUUGUAAACAACCACUGAUAUCACUAUUCCCCCGAGAUUAUGUAUUCGCUACAGGAGGGUACAAGGAGUACAACGUGAGUAUGAGUUCAGACAAACAUACAUGUGCUAUUGAAGGGAUAUGUGAGCUGCCUGGUGGCGAGGUUGUUAUUUCAGAUUACCACAACAUGACAGUGAAACUCCUGGACCAGGAGUACAGGGUUGUCGACCACUGUGAUGUCCCCAAGUAUCCAUUGGACGUGUGCCACAUAGGCGGGAAUGAGGUUGUCGUUUGUGUUAACAAGUUUGGUGUUAGACGUGAACUCCAUUUCAUUAACAUUACAAAAGGGAAACUUGUGACCACGCGAAAAUUAAGUUUCACCAAUAACUGUUACGGCGCAGCUUAUCACGGAAACAACCUUUACAUUUCCUCAUACACCGCGCUGUACGUCUAUACGAUGACGGGACAGCUUGUGAAAAAGCUGUACGAGGACAAGUCCGGUGGUUACACGGUGAGCAAAAUUGCCAUCAGUAACGACGGGAAGACUAUCUUCAUCACAAACUACUCAAACGAUCAACUUAUCACCCUGGACAACCUCGGUAACAAGCUGGCCAUAUUCACUGACUCGGACUUGAGGAAACCUAUCGGAGUACACGCGACAACGGCUGGACACGUGUUCGUCUGCUGCUUUGAGUCCGACACAGUGCUGCAGGUUGACAAGGACGGGAAGACGAAGUUGGCCACAUUGGCAAGGGAACAAGACGGAGUGUACAGACCUCAAGCUUUCUUCUUCAGCAGCCGUUCUUCCUCUCUGGUUGUCGGUAGAGAGAAAGACACGCUCCUGGUCCUUAAUGUACGAUAAAGAAUAGAUCCAAUUACAAGUGGCAAAAUAGAAUUAUUAUAACUGAUUUUUACUUGAUCCUUUCUCGUAAAUAUAAGUUCGGAUGGAAAAUGUAUAUGCAUAUAAUACAAGAAUCAUAUUUGCUUAAACGUACGUAUACCUUUAUAUUUGACGUAUUUUAUUUGCUUUUAGCUACAUAGUUAUAAUAUUUAUCGUGCACAUGUUAUUCAACUUAAUGAUUUUUUAUUGUAUAAUGUUAUUCCCGUAUAUUUAAUAUGUUGCUAUGUGUAUGUGUAUGUAUACUCGUAUAUAUAUAUUUAUUCUUUAUUUAAUGUUGAAAUAAGAUAUAUAAUACGGCUCGUUUUGCCAUGUGCCUUUAAAAAGCUUCAAUACUUUUACUACAACUACAAGAGAGCCAGUUAUGUGUUAACUAUUUUCACUGCACACCUAGAUGAACAUAGGUGCAUUAAUUAUGCAGAGUUUCUUCAAAGUAAAAACAAUUACAUA